AUGAGGUUUCUCUUACUAAUUUACCUGCUUGGGUCUGCCAGAGGAGCAUCAGGUCAGCCUGAUGAGCCUCUUGGCUCUCUAGAUCACCAAGCUUCAAUUCACCAACUUUCAAGUGAGCACUCUUUAACGGACCACUCCUCCGGCGAGAACACUUCAGGUGAGCAAGCUUCUGGUGAACAACCUGUGGGUGAACAAGCUUCCGGCGAAAAGGCUUCCGGCGAAAAGGCUUCCGGUGAAAAGGCUUCCAGCGACAAAGUUUCUGGGGAAAAGGUUUCAGGUGAAAAAUCUUCUGGUGAAAAGGUUUCAGGUGAAAAAUCUUCUGGUGAUAAAGCUUCAGGUGACAAGGCUUCAGGUGACCAACCUUCAGGUGAACAAUCUUCAGCUGCUGGACUGAGUUGUCAUACAUGCUCUUACAUGAAUGAGCAAGGAAAAUGUCUUCGUGGGGAGGGCGUCUGCUCCACUCAGAAUUCUCAGCAGUGCAUGUUGAAGAAGAUCUUUGAAGGGGGAAAACUCCAAUUCAUGGUUCAGGGAUGUGAGAACAUGUGCCCAUCAAUGAACCUCUUCUCCCACGGAACCAGGAUGCAAAUUAUAUGCUGUCGAAAUCAAUCUUUCUGCAACAAGAUCUAA